AUGUGUCGCAACGGUUGGCAACGCCAUAUCAUCAACGAAGCCACACAGAUCCUGGACGGCUUGCGCGCGGCGCGCGCCGCCGCGGGUGGCGCGGCCGGUGGAAAGCCCGGAGGAAAGGCUCCCGGAGGUGCAGCCAUUCCGGUGACCAUCGAUUUGCCCUGGAUGAUCGAGCUGACAUUGAAUCUGGCAUUUGGGCUGGAGGAUGCAGGGAAAGAUGCAGAUGCACAGAAGAAGGCGGAUGAAGCGAAUCAACUGUUGGAUGAGCUCAUGAAAGAGUCAGGGAGUGACCCUGCCGUUGCCGACAGAAAUACACGUUUGCGACAGCUAGUGUGGAAUGCAAGGGCAUAUUUUUAUCGGAAAGCUCCAGGCAAAGCAAAGGACGAUAUUGUAAAGGCUAGUGGCAGCACUGUGCUGGGUGCGGCUUUGUUCGUCCUCAAUGGUGCAACUACGUCUGAUGCAGCAGCUGAGGAGCUCCUCAAGGCCUGGGCCACCAUCGAUGCCGACUUCGACCUUCGUGCCGCGGUGCAGUCCUUCAGCACCGACCCACGGGCACCCAGACCCGAUGGUGGACAAGUGGUACGUGGCAAUGUGAAGCCACAGAGUCUCAUCGAUUUGGCUUUGGCCUUGAGAGCAACCUGUGUGGCCAAGCAAUGGCCGUUGGCGUUGUGCAUGAUUUGCCGCUUGGAGAAGUUCCAAAUGCCUCCGGGGCGUGGACGAAUCUUGUUGGACCUCUCGAAGGCGGAGUGUGAGGUCUGGCAUGCUUCGACAGUGAAGAAAGAGGAUCCUACCUCGAAGAUGCUGCUCUCUGCGGCUGAUCAGGAGCAGCGAGAGGUGGAGACCAGGCAUCGAUCGGUGAAGCUGGUGGAGCAGUGCAUCAUGAUCGCCAGAAGGAUAGAAGCCUAUGACUUGGUGGAAGAAUGCGCAGUGGUGAUGUGGAACAUUGCACGGGAACUCAUGUCAGAUCAGAAUCGCUUUCGAGUUCACAAACCCUUGCAGAGCCUGAGCUUCAAAGACUCAAAGACUUUGUUUGCCCAGAGAAUUUUGUUGGUUGUGGCCUCGGAUUUGCUCACCAAGGGCUACGGAGAGCUCCAACGGGCCAACACCUUGGACUACACCGUCACCGAAGCUGAGCUUCCGGACACAGUGCGGCCCUUGCUCAACGACUCUGACCCCUCAGCGCCGCCCUUGGGCCGGGACCCGGCACACUACCUGCGGCGCUUUGACGAAGCGACAGAGGAGCCCAGUGAUGUGGCGGAUCAGGUGAUGCUUCUCCUGGAUCAAGUGACCAAAGUGAAAGGAGCGAAGAACGAGAAGGGAGAGAUCAUGCCCCUCUCAGAGGAAAAGAAGAGGCUCAACUACAACCUGUUGGUUCAGGCCUUUGAGAAGUUGGAGGCUGAGCUUGAGGCGUUGAUCGGCAACGAGCGGCUUCAAGGCUUGAGCGAAACCUUUGAGCCUCCACCACGACACAUCCUCAGCCAUGAGCCGUUGAAGCCGCUGCCCUUCCAAGCCAAUGCCACAGUCUCUGUGGGUGGCGGGCCAGCGGUGGUCGAUGGGAAGCCGAUCCUGGACAAACGGCCAAAAAGUGAGAAGGAGGAAGCAGUUCGCAAGGCCAAGCGAAUCGUGAAGUUGAUGUGCCAGUGUGGGCUGGAAGCCAAGCGUGCAGAGGAGGGAGCCUUCGCGGUGCAAGUUUGCAGUAAGGCCAUGGACGCUGCCAACUUGGAGGAUCUCCGCGUAGGGCCAUGGCCCACCGAAGCUGAGAGUGCCCUGCUCUUGACGCAGGCGGCCUAUACCAAGGCACAAUGUUUGUCCUGGGACAUUGAGGAUCAAGGCCUCUUGAGACUCAGCAAGCUGAACAUGCGGAGUGGCGGGCACUGGAACGGAAUUGAUGAGGAGAUUGAAGAGGAGAAAGAGGCGGGUGGAACUUCGGAACACUCCAACUCUGGACUGGAGGCAAAAGACGGUGAAGAAGAAGAGGUACGUGAGCUCACAGCCGAAGAGAAAGCCCAGCUCUCUGAAAAGAAGCGAGAAAUGAUCAGGACUCUGCAGUAUGGCAUUGAGUUGAGCAACCAGUUUGGUCAGCACUGGAUGGUCGCUAACGGCCUGGUGCAUUUCUGGAACCUUCACUUGGACACCGUGGGUUUGAGUCAUGACAACCCGAAGCUUUUAAAGCGAGCCCUACAGGAGUAUCGAGAUGCAUUGCGUGAUCUGCAGAAGUACCUGACUGGCCCUAGCGCUUUGCCUGACAGUGAGUUCGAUCCCAAGUUGGCAGCCAACCUCACUUUGGCCUAUAUCAACGCUCACGUUGGCGUUGGGAGUUUGGAAGCUCUUGAAACGGCCAACCUCUUGACGUUGAAGCGCCUUGGUCCUUGCGAAAGGAAGGAGAUCAUGGCGCGCAUUGUGCAGGUGUGCAAGGAGAAUGAGAAGCCCUUGCCUGACGUGACGCAGCUGAAGACCCAGGAACCGGAGCCGGUCAGCGUUUGUGUGUUAGAUGCUGAAACGGUGAGCGACAGCCACGUGGGAACAGACCAGACUGGGGAUUCAUUUAAUACGCGGCUGUGCCGGCUGUGUUAUGCAAUUCAAAAAUUGCAGGAAUCUGAUUUAUCUGUCAUUGUGGUGAGUGAAGAGGACAUCAAAGAUCCUCUUCGUGCUGUUUCAGAUAAGUUCCUGCAGAUUGACAUGAAACGCUUGCUAUACAUCAAGGCCUACAAUGCUGGAUACAUAGACACCAUCCGCACAGCAGCAGACUAUGAAGCCUUCUAUGCCACCAAUGCGGACCUUCGCGAGAUCGACGCUGACUGGCGUAUUCCCCCGAAGAUUCAACGCUGGCUUCGAGAGAAUCAGGAACUUCAUGUCUCCUUCAGCUUUGAUGCGAGCGGCGCCUUUCAUCCACACUUCGCCCAGGGUGUCAUCCCUGGUUUCUACAGCAUCUCUAUCGCUCCGACGACUCCUGCAUACUGCGGUGGUUCAGCAAGGGACUUGGAUGGUUGGACCAGUGACUUUGGAGAUCCUCAGAUCGCUCUACGGGCGGUGAUGUGUGGGGAGAACAAGCAUAAAGUCUUGGCCCUCUUUGCAUUGGAUGAAAAAGAUCCACUGCUCCAAAUGUCCUUCACAUUAUCUAGCAAGUUCAGCGUGGAGGAAGUCGAGUUCAUGCGUGACUGGCAAUACCCAGUGCGAGUCCCUGGUCAAUGGGAAGGGCUGCCGCAUGUGGUCCACGUGGUGGCGGGUGACCUCAAGGGUCUCUGGGUGCUGGGCGUGGGAUCUCGCAAGGUCACACGACGACGAGCGGGCAAACUGGCUUUGGCGGUCAUGGAAAAGGCCCUGAACUCCGGGCAGUUUGUUGGCAACGGCGAGAUCGACGAACAGCUGCAGAGCCUUGUGGAACGAGUGAAGCUUCUCCUCAACAUAGAGCUGAGGCCCGUUGAAGCGGAGUCCGAACCCACACCACCCGUGGCAUCGCCGGCAUCGGAGGCCAAGUGCUUCUUGGUUCCGGAAGAGAUUCCGACUCCACAAAAAUGGCUGGAUUUCUGA